AUGGAAAGUGAGGUAGCCCUGGAUUUUUUAAGAUACUUCUUAGAGAAGCGCGGGGUAGAGUCUGGGACUCUAAAGCAGUUGCCUGGGUUGCUAGCCUAUGGUAAAGGGGAAGGGUUCUUUGCCCGUUCUCAGGAUGUUCUAGGAGAGGAGGAAUGGCGAAAGUUAGGGGACGUUCUUUGGUAUAAAGUUAUAGAUGAUGACAAGGGUGCCAAAAAAUUGAUGAAGCCGUGGCGAGACGUUAUCAACUGCAUUAAGCGCUACCGUCUCGAACGGCAGGUGGCAGCCUUCGCUUUGCGACAGCUAGACGGUCUCCCUGAGGACGCAGGGCGGUUGAAGGUGGGGGGGGACUAUGUCCCGAUUCCCUCCCUGGGAGGCGCAGUGCCGGUUCGGACUGUCGGCCCCCUUCUGAGGGGGGGGGCUUUGGCGGCGGAUGACAGUGAUAGUGACGAGCCGGAUCUAUUUCCUUCUGAUCUGGAGGGGGGAAUUGGGGACGGAGCCACGGCCUCAGUGCCGACUAUGUCGGAGGGGCCGCCGGGGGCUGGGGUAAUCAAACCUCCAUGGGCCCCGAUAGGCAAACCACCAUCACGGAAGGCCUUUCCUUCCCGUCUCGAUUGGACGGUGGUAGCUCAGGAGGCAAUGAGUGCAGGGGACAUGGGCGUAGUGGAAAUCAUAAAUCAGGCGUUCCCCGCGCGCUUUCAGUUAAAUAAUGACGGCAGCAGACAGGGGGUUCAUGUGCCUAUCGGCUGGAAACUACUGUCCCAGCUUAGGGCCACGGUCAAGGAGAGUGAGAUUCAUCCCAGUUGUCUCAAAGCCUCUUCCAGGAGCACAUCUGCUAUUGCUCGUGGAGGUGAGAGCCAACAGGGAAAGGGUUGCAGUUAUUUCACAAAAAGUGCCUCAGCAUUGUGCACAUCAUUUCUUUCUGGCUGCUUACGUUUAUUUUUCAUCUUUCAGCUUUGUGAAAGUACUUCCACCGGCUUUACGACCGACAGAAGGACAGUCUUGGCAAGUGUCAUUGCUGCUUGCAGAAGGCUCUUCUCACAACCUCCCAAAGGAUUUGAAAAAUAUUUUCCCAAUGGGAAGAAACCAAAUGGAACUAAAGGUUCAGCUGGAGAAACAAAAGAAGCAAAGCAAGCUGGUGCCCGACAGCCAAGUGGGACUGGGAGUGGGGGAGGCAGCAGUGGUGGGAAGAAAGGCGGCAAGAAAGAAGAUGCAAACUGGUGGACCAGAUUGCAGAAGGGUGAUAUUCCUUGGGAUGUCAGGGAGUUUCGUAUGUACGUAGUGGGAAGUUCAUUUUUCUGGACGAUGGUUGUAUAUUACUUCUUCUUCAGGGUCCCUGGGAGAGAAAUCACCUGGAAAGACUUUGUUAAUAACUACCUUUCUAAAGGAGUGGUGGACAGACUGGAAGUGGUGAACAAGCGCUUUGUUAGAGUGAUCUUUGUGUCAGGAAAGUCUCCUCAUGAAUGGCAGUAUGUCUGGUUUAAUAUCGGUAGCGUGGACACUUUCGAACGAAAUCUUGAAACUGUGCAGCAAGACCUGGGUAUAGAAGUGGAGAACAGGUUGCCUGUAGUCUACUCAACAGAGAGUGAUGGAUCGUUUCUCCUGAGUUUGCUGCCUACAAUCCUUAUUAUUGGUUCUUUAUUGUACACAUUAAGAAGAGGUCCUGCAGGCUUAGGUCGAGGAGGACGUGGAAUGGGUGGACUUUUCAGUGUGGGUGAAACCACAGCCAAAGUCCUUAAGGAUGAGAUAGAUGUCAAAUUCAAAGACGUAGCUGGCUGUGAGGAGGCCAAAUUAGAGAUAAUGGAGUUUGUUAACUUUCUGAAAAAUCCCAAGCAAUAUGAGGAUCUGGGAGCAAAAAUUCCAAAGGGGGCAAUUUUGACAGGUCCUCCAGGUACUGGAAAAACACUUCUUGCUAAAGCUACCGCUGGAGAAGCUAACGUGCCAUUUAUCACAGUCAAUGGCUCUGAGUUCUUGGAGAUGUUUGUUGGUGUGGGUCCAGCUCGAGUUCGAGACUUAUUCGCUCUUGCUCGUAAAAAUGCCCCAUGCAUCCUCUUCAUUGAUGAAAUAGACGCAGUAGGAAGGAAGAGAGGAAGAGGCAACUUUGGAGGACAAAGUGAACAAGAGAACACACUCAAUCAGCUUCUAGUAGAAAUGGAUGGCUUUAAUACCACCACAAAUGUAGUAAUUCUGGCAGGUACUAACAGGCCAGAUAUUUUAGACCCUGCUCUAAUGAGACCAGGACGCUUUGACAGACAGAUCUACAUUGGCCCUCCAGAUAUAAAAGGAAGAGCAUCUAUUUUCAAAGUUCACCUCAGACCUCUCAAAUUAGAUACAGUCUUAGAUAAAGAUAACCUAGCAAGAAAACUCGCAUCACUAACACCUGGUUUUUCAGGUGCUGAUAUUGCCAACGUUUGUAACGAAGCUGCAUUAAUUGCUGCUCGGCAUCUCUCAGAUGCUAUAAACCAAAAGCAUUUUGAGCAAGCAAUUGAAAGAGUGAUUGGAGGUUUGGAAAAGAAAACUCAAGUUCUGCAACCAGAGGAGAAAAAGACAGUAGCGUAUCAUGAGGCAGGGCACGCAGUUGCAGGAUGGUUUUUGGAACAUGCUGACCCACUCUUAAAGGUAUCUAUUAUCCCUCGUGGUAAAGGACUGGGUUAUGCUCAGUAUUUACCCAAAGAACAGUAUCUUUAUACCAAAGAGCAACUACUUGACAGAAUGUGCAUGACACUGGGUGGACGUGUAUCUGAGCAAAUCUUCUUUGGAAGAAUUACAACCGGUGCUCAAGAUGACUUGAAGAAGGUGACACAGAGUGCAUAUGCUCAGAUUGUCCAGUUCGGUAUGAAUGAAAAAGUUGGGCAGAUUUCCUUCGACCUCCCUCGUCAAGGAGACAUGGUAUUAGAGAAACCCUAUAGUGAGGCAACUGCCAGAAUGAUAGAUGAAGAAGUUCGGUCACUUAUUAACAUUGCUUAUGAGAGGACAUUAUCUCUUCUGACUGAGAAGAAAGCAGAAGUAGAAAAGGUUGCCCUACGACUACUGGAGAAGGAAGUGCUUGAUAAAAGCGAUAUGGUAGACUUGCUUGGCCCAAGACCAUUUGCAGAGAAGUCCACUUAUGAAGAAUUUGUCGAAGGGACAGGAAGUUUGGAUGAGGAUACUUCUCUACCAGAAGGCCUUAAAGACUGGAACAAAAAACGUGAAAAAGAGAAAGAAGAGACAACAGAUGAACAGGUUGUUAGGCAGAUCAGAGGAGGGAUGCCAUUUUAACUGCCAAGUGUGUGGUGAUGCUGACUUGCACUCUGGAAGAGAAAUAAACUCACCUAGUUUGUACUUCCAAAACAAACAAAUAUUUAUUCAACCAAACUGUAUUAGAGAUGGAUGGAAGAGUGGUGUCUUGUGCAGAGACAAAGAUAUUCUACUCCCAGUAUGUGGUAUCAUCAGUUCACUGGUAAAAGAUCAUCUUUUAUUUGUCAGCUGAAGAAACAUACAUUGGAUUUGAGCUGCAGUGGAACGCCAGAACUGAACCUCCUAAACACUGAAAGAACUGAGAUUCAUGCACAAACUUCAUGGCACUGGUCUCUCUUUUUUUUUUCCAAAUGUAUGUAGGCUUACUAAAAAAAAUAAAGAAUUUUGAUUAUUCAUCUAAAAUAUACCUGUAUGUGAUUUGUUUCCAAAAAAAUCAUAGAAAAAUGCACUGUUUAAUGCUUGGCCAAAAGUGUGGUCUUGCAAAGUGUAACUAGCUUUGCAGAAGUGUCAGCUUUUUGAUCUGAUCCUCCUCCCCACCCUUCAUUUUGAUUUUUAAAAGAAAUUGUUUACAAAGAACAGUCAAGUAAAUUGACCAUACAACUGGGUACCCAGUCAAAUAUCUUAAAAUGUACUCAUGGUUCAGUCUGGAACUUGCUCCUGCAGUUUUAUUGGUCAAGUUUUUUAUGGAGUUCUGUAAGAUAUUGAACAUAUGAAUGUGUUGUGUAAAUACAGUUUGAGUCAAUAAAAUCAGUACUUUUCUGAA